ACGGGGGCCAAUGAAAGGAGACGCCACUUUUGACUGCUUCUCAGCACUCAAUAAUUUCUUCUUCUUCUUCUAACAAAAAUAUAGCCAUCUUCGAGACCGCUAAAACUUUUUUCACUGAAAAAAAAACUCAACAACCUCUUUGCUUUGCUUCUGAUCUGUUGGUUUUUUCUGUAAUCGGAAACAAUGCCUAUAGCAGAGAUCUUUCUCUCUGCCUUUGUCAAAUUGCUGUUUGAGAAGAUGUCCUCUUUUGCAUCCUCCAAAUUACCCACCUUUGAAGGUAUUGAUACCCAGCUAACCAAUUGGACCAAUAUGCUGUCUCAAAUUGAAGCUCUUCUGGUUGACGCGGAGGAGAAGCAACUGACAGAUCGAGCUGUGAACCUAUGGCUCGACAAUCUCCAGGAUCUGGCAUAUGAUUUGGAUGAUGUCGUGGAUGAGUUCGCCACCGAAGCUUUGCGACAGAGUCUCAAGGCAAAGCCGCCCCAAGCUAGUUCCAGCAAGGUAUGGAACCUUAUCCCUAAUUUCAAGCCAAGAGAUGUUAUGUUUAAUUUCAAAAUGAAGUCCCAGAUUCAGGAGAUCAAUACCAGAUUGCACAAUAGUUUUGAACAAUGUUCGAAACUUAAUUUGGUUAAGAUUGUUGGAACCACCCCUACACCUCCGACUAAGACUUGGCAAAGACCAGACUCCACAUCUUUAUUUGAUGAACCUCGCAUUUAUGGCCGAGAACAUGAUCAAAGAAAGAUAAUUGAGUUGCUUGUAAGGGGGGAUGAAUCAAGUCAUAACAACAUUGGUGUAAUUCCCAUUGUGGGUAUGGGUGGGAUUGGCAAGACCACCCUUGCUCAGAUGGUAUACAACAAUGAAACUGUGCAGAAGCAUUUCCAUCUGAAAGCCUGGGUCUGUGUGUCAGAUGAGUUCGACAUUAUGAGAAUAACAAAAGCAAUUCUUGAGUCAGUGACUUCCCAGACAUUUAGUUUUAAUAACUUGGACCAAGUUCAAGUUCAACUAAAGCAAGCUUUGGCUGGAAAGAAGUUCUUAAUUGUUUUAGACGAUGUCUGGAACAAAAAAUACAGUGACUGGAAUGUUUUGAAGAAACCUUUCAAUGAAGGAGCCCAAGGGAGUAAAGUAGUGGUGACAACACGUAACAGAGACGUUGCAAGAAUGAUGCGAGCUGUUGAACUUCAUUACAUUGAGGUCCUAUCAGAUGAUGAUUGUUGGUCGUUGUUUUCAAGACAUGCCUUUGAGAAUAGAAGUAUUGAUGCAAAUCCAAAUUUGGUAUCGAUUGGUAAGAAAAUUGUCAAGAAAUGUAAAGGUUUGCCUUUGGCUGCUAGGACACUCGGUGGCCUUCUACAUUGCAAAGAACAAGAUGAGGAAUGGGAAGACGUAUUGCAUAGUAAAAUAUGGGAUUUACCACAAGAAAGUGACAUCCUUCCAGCUUUGAGGUUAAGUUACCAUCAUCUACCUUCACAUUUGAAGCAGUGCUUUGCAUAUUGCUCCAUAAUACCCAACGACUAUGAAUUUGAGGAAGAGGAGUUGGUCUUGUUGUGGAUGGCAGAGGGUUUCAUUCAAAAACAAAGAAAGAAACAAAUGGAAGAUGUUGGAGGUGAGUACUUCCAGGAAUUGUUGUCAAGGUCUUUUUUCCAACCAUCAAGUACCGGUAAAAGCUCUAAAUUUGUGAUGCAUGACCUCAUCAAUGAUUUGGCUCAAGUAGUUGCAAGAGAUACUUGUUUAAGAUUGGAUGAUAAAUUCAACGAUCAGGAGCAGUACCAAAAUCUAAAGAAAGUUCGACAUUCAUCCUACAUGCAAAAGUACUAUGAGGGUAUGAAAAAAUUUGAGAUCUUUGACAAAGCCAUGCACUUACGAACUUUCUUACCAUUUUACACACGAAAUGGUCUGAAUUGUUAUUUGGCAAGCAAUGUUCCCCUUAAUCUAUUGCCAAAGCUAAGACGCUUGAGGGUGCUCAAUAUGAGUAGAUAUGACAUCACAGAAGUUCCAAAUUCGGUUGGAGAUUUGAAACAUCUGCGGUAUCUUAACCUAUCCCACACCUCCAUUGAAGAAUUACCUGAAUCACUAGGCUCUCUUUACAAUCUACAAACAUUGAUGUUAAGAGAAUGUAGAAAACUGAAAAAGUUGCCAACAUACUUGGGAAACCUAAUUGACCUACGUCAUCUCGAUACUACAAAUGCACAUUCCUUAAGAGAAAUGCCACUAGGAAUAGGUAAGUUGGCUAGUCUUCAAACACUGUCCAAUUUCAUUGUUACUAAAAACAAUGGGCAGCAGUUAACAGAGUUGGGGAACUUAAUUUAUCUUCGGGGGAAGCUUUGCCUGUCUGGGUUACAGAAUGUGGUGGUUCCGUUAGAUGCAAGGGAGGCGAAUUUAAAUGAUAAGAAGGGGUUAGAUGUGUUAUUAAUGGAAUGGAGUGUUAACUCAGAUGAUUUACGAGAUGGAAGAUUUGAAACAGAAGUGCUGGACAUGCUACAACCUCCCAAAGAUUUAAAAGAGCUUUGUAUCAAAGGCUACCUUGGAACAGGAUUGCCGAAUUGGAUAGGAGAAUUCUCCAAUAUGGCUGACCUAAGUUUAGAUAAUUGUGGAAAUUGUGCAUCCUUGCCACCACUCGGACAAUUACCCUCCCUCAAAAAGCUUUACAUUAAAGGAAUGAGUGUACUAAAGCAGGUUGGUUGUGAGUUCUACGGGCAAGGUGGUGUUCAACCUUUUCCGUUACUGGAGACUCUAAGCUUUAAGAAUAUGCCAGAAUGGGAGGAUUGGUAUACUUUUGGAGAUCACAAAGAAGUUCAACCAUUCACUCGUGUCAAGUCUCUCUCCCUAAAAAAAUGUCCCAAACUUCUUAAAAUGUUGCCUACUGAUCUACCUUGUUUGAAUAAUCUAGAGAUUAGGGACUGCCCCAAACUCUGUGGAAUGAUGCCCAAGGAUCUACCUUGUUUGAAUAAUCUAAACAUUUCAGUGUGCUCGCAAUUCCUAGUUGAAGGUUCUAGCAUUAGCCUUCCGUCACUCACCUCGAUAGCUAUGAAUGACGUUCCUCUAACAAGCCUUCAAGCGGUCCUUGAGAUGAGGAGCAUGGUUGAUGACGAACUGAUAUCAGCAAAUGCAAAGUCUAAGCAUCCGAGUUCAAUAACUUCCUUGAGCAUUGGGAUGAUUAAGAAACUCGAGCUCUUGCCGAAAUGGGUUACUCAUGGGCUGAUGGAACUCGAAGCAUUGGAGAUCACAUGCUGUGAAGAACUCAAGACAUUGUGGAAGAACGAGGAGAGAGUGCAACACAGUCUGAGUCUCCCUGCAUUCCGGCGUUUGGAAAUUGAAGGCUGCCCCCAGCUUGUUUCAUUGUUUGAAGAAGAUGAGGAUGACGACAACAAAGGGCAACAUGAGCAGCAGCAGCAGCAACAAGAGGGACUCCCUUGCAUAGUGAGGAGGCUUGAGCGUCUAACAAUAUAUAAUUGUGAAAAGCUGGAGAAACUGCCACGGCUGCUACAUAGCUUCACUUUUCUUGGAGAGUUGUGUGUCUAUAAGUGUCCGAGUCUCAGCUCUUUUCCGGAGACAGGUUUUCCGUGCACGCUGAAAACACUCAGGAUAGGUGAUUGUGAGGCUCUGCAAUCCUUAUUCGGGUGUUUAACACAGAUUAAUGACAGUAAUCUUCAAGUGUUAGAUGUUCAAGAUUGUCCAUCCCUCACAUGCUUAAUAUCGUGCAGAGGUGGGAGGCUACCACCCACACUCAAAGAGCUUCAGAUUAGGAGGUGUAAAAAGUUGGAGGCACUGCUAGUAGUAGAGGAGGGGAUGGAAAUUACCUGUCCACCUCUUGAGCAUAUUUGGAUCACGGAUUGUGAUAGGCUCAAAUACUUGCCAGAUGCCCUUCGUAAUAAUAAUAAUAAUAAUAAUCUCAGGAAUCUCAGUGGAUUGUACUUGAAUGGGUGUAAGAAUUUGGAGUACAUUCCGGAAGGAUGGUUCCACUCCGCAACAAAUCUGGCAUAUUUGGAUAUCAGGGGAUGCAAAAAACUCAAGGCCCUACCACACGGAUUGCAGAGCAUCACCUACCUCACUUCUCUUCAAUUACUGUCGAUGGAUAUUCCACAUUGGAACAAUAACUUCAAGAAGAUUGGUUUGCACAGUUUAUCCUCUCUUAGAACACUGUUGAUUGAAGGCCCAAUUAGUGUGGCAGAGGAUGAAGAAGAAGAAGAAGAAGAAGAAGAAGGUGUAGCGGGGUCCAGCUUUCCAAUAGAUGGGAAGUUGUUGCCCACCUCUCUGAUCAAUCUUUGGAUCAGGGAUUUACGAAAUCUGGAGAAGCUAUCUUCUAAGUUGUUUCAAAACCUCGCCUCUCUUGAAUCUCUUGAAAUCUGGGGUUGCCCUAGGCUCAAAUCUUUACCAGUGCAAAGGCUGCCUCCCUCACUUGUGAGAUUGACGAUCUGGGGAAGUCGGAACCUAACAAGGAAGUGUGAAAAGGGGAAAGGCAAAUAUUGGCCCCACUUAGCUCACAUACCUGAAGUCGAUGUUCAUGAUUAAGCUCUGUUGUGGAGAUUCCCACCGCAGUUUUACAAGCACUCAAAUUGCCAGAAAUGUGCUUUCAAGGAUCUAAAUACAAAGAAAGGCUUCUUCUGAUAGAUUUCCUAGUCUGCUUUUAUUUCCGAGGCAGCCACAACAAAUGGAAGAGUUCACAUUUCUUUCCAGCUUGGUGCAUUUGUCCCUGGAUAUCCUGUCCAUCCAGUGAUUGUUUGCUAUCCCCUUGUACACUUUGACCAAUCCUGGGGAAAUAUAGCUUUGGGAAAGCUCAUGUUUAGAAUGUUCAUAGUUUCACAAUGUCAUGGAG